UUCAGGAGGUUUUAAACAAGACCCGCCUCUGUAGGUUGGCCUGGAGCGGUUAUUAUAUUUAACAAGCUGCUGCUGUAGUGCUCAGUUCUCCCAUGAGGACGAGGGAGAUUACAGUGUAGUAGAUUACUGAGCAUCUCGCUCUGAAGUGAAGCAAAUCAUGAAGCUGGAGGUUUUCUCCGCCACUCGCAUCUCGGAGAAGGACCCGCUCGGUGAGGCUGAAGUGAGCUCUCCGCUGUGCGCGGAAGAGGAGCUGGGCUCGGACGGAGACUGCGCGGCUAACAGCCCGGGCCCCGCGGCGCGCGCUUCCGGCGCCACUGCCAAGCCGUACACGCGCAGGCCCAAGCCUCCCUACUCGUACAUCGCCCUCAUCGCCAUGGCCAUUCGAGACUCUGCCACGGGCCGCCUCACACUGGCCGAGAUAAACGACUACUUGAUGAAAAAAUUCUCCUUUUUCCGAGGCAGCUACACCGGCUGGCGGAACUCCGUGCGGCACAACUUAUCUCUGAACGACUGCUUUCUGAAAGUGCUGCGGGAUCCGUCGCGCCCCUGGGGGAAGGACAACUACUGGAUGCUGAACCCGCACAGCGAGUACACCUUCGCGGACGGCGUUUUCCGCCGCAGGAGGAAGCGCAUUGGGAAAAAACCUCUGAAGGACUUGGAAACGCUCGCCAGGGACACCAGCAUGCCGGUGCGCGAGGAGAGCUCCACAAACGCCACCAAGUUUUCCAGCUCAUUCGCCAUCGACAGCAUUCUCAGUAAACCAUUCAGGUGCCGAGACGAAGCAACGGAAAGAGUUUCUAGCUGCACUGAGCUGAUGCUGCCCGCAGUAUCUCCCUUUAUGCCGCUGGUCAUGAGCUAUCCGCUGGUCACUGUACCGUUACUCCAUGUCGGCUCUGAAGUCGCACGUGCGUCUCAAGGGGGCAGAUGCCACUCCUCGAGCUUAACUGAACGUGUACCUGACCUCCAGAGCCACCUCCAGGAUCUGCCACAUCCCCACAUUGCCCUUUACCCUGCGCACGAGCCCCAGUACCACCCCUUCCGAAUUGACUCUUUACUUUCCUGAGACACACAGUACACCCCGGUUAUGUGCACUUUCUCUGUUAUAUGUAUCGUCUGAAAACUUUUAGGUGAUUUGCUGUAACUAAUAUAUCAUUCAUUACUUCUGUUAAGGCAAACACUAAGUCCAGAUCUGCUGAAUGUGGCGCCAGGCGUUCACUUGCGUUCACUUGUGUUUGCUAAUUCCAUUUUAUUCAUCAUCAGCGGCUUCAGAAAUGUGGUAUGUAUUUAAGUGUGUAUAGUUUGGAUCAGUGGCGUUGUUUGGUCAGAAACCUUUGCUAAUGUUAAUGUGGGGAUUAUUUGUGUGAGCUGCGCUCCACCAGGACAGAACUGUGUCUCUGAAAUGCUUGCUAAUAAAGAAAGAAAUGCAAACAAAAGGUUUGAGUUUGUUACGCUGAGGCUGUAAGAUGAAAAAUCUGCCAGUAAAGAUCCUGAAUCACUGCUGAGUUGUAGAUGCAAAUCAAGCAAAUCUCGGGACGAAUGCGAGUGUUUAUAGCCGCAUCACCUGAGAAAUAACAGCACCCCAGCAUCAGCUCUGCCUCUUCAUCAUCAUCAUCAUCAUCAUCACAAUAAUAAUAAU